AUGUCGAGCCGCACGCCAACGCCGUUGCCUACAUUCGGAGCCUCGGAGCAUCGAGGUGCCAAAACGAAACGAGGGCACAGGAAAUCGAGAAACGGCUGCCAAACAUGUAAGCUAAGGCGUAUCAAAUGUGGAGAAGAGAAACCUGUUUGCGCUCACUGUGAGAGACGAGGUGAAGAAUGUCACUAUACUCUUCCAUUCCAUACCAGACACUACACGUCGCCAGCGUCGUCACCGCAGGCAUCUGCAGCAGCACCGAAUCUUGGCCUAUUGGACUUGGAGCUCAUGCAUAAUUUUUGCACGUCAACUUACGCAACACUAAGUAACGAUGUGGCAAUCCGAGAUCUCUGGCGAAUUCGCAUCGUCAGGCUUUGUCUCAAAUGCGAAUAUGCCAUGCUGGCAGUCUUGUCUGUCUCAGCACUCCACCUCAGCUACUUUUCCACCGAGCGAAGGGAAUUUCUCCGCGAAAGGGCUAUUGUAUAUCACAACCAGGCUCUCAGCAUCGCAGCUCCGUUCAUCGACGCCUACAACGACUCAAAUGCUCAAGAAUUAUUUGCUUUUUCCAUCUUGACUAUUUACUACUCAUUCGCACAAACCCCAGAGCAAGAAGACGGCCCAUAUCCUCCUUGGGCGGUCUUGAUCAGCGGGUGCACGAGCUUUGUUUCGUUGGGCAAUAGCACGCUCUCUCUCGGCCCUUUCUCAGCUCUUCUGUCCAAGGCAAGAAGACGUUUUGAAAUCAGGAAGCGUGUCUUCGAAACCGACUAUGUGCAACAGCUCAAGGUCUUUAUUGACGAAACAGUUACAGAUCCAGCAAGACACUCUAUCUACCAAGAUGCGCUUCUCGCAUUAAACCAGACGUUUGGUGUUUUCUACGAGACGGAUGGUGAUAAAGACUUGGUCGAUAUCUUUUCCUGGAUCGUGCCAGCAAAGGAAUUCUUCGAGUUUGUGGCGGAUGAAGAACCGGAAGCCCUUGUCGUUCUUUCCUACUUUUGCGUCUUGUUACACAAAUUGCCCAGUCAAUGGUGGCUGACCGGUUGGGUUCAUCAUAUCAUGACGCGGAUAUAUGCUUCUGUUGGAGAGAAGUAUCUGACCUAUUUAGUCUGGCCGAUGGAGGAGAUUGGAUGGUUACCGAAACAUUAA